UUUGAUGUGUCAGUGGUAGCCAAACCCCGAGCGUCGGAAAACUCAAUUUUCGCGAUUCUUAUCUUCAGUGCGGCUGUGAAGAGCACAGGCUAGCAGAAUCCUAAGGAGGGUACUGUUUACUGCUGCUUUGUCACCAUCAGAAGAUGAAAAGAUGAAAUAGUCCAGCGAAACAAACAUCUAAUAAGAUCAUGUGACCCAUAGGAUGAAAAGACCAGAAGCCAUAAUUAAAUGUGAAAAAUAAGAAAUCAACCUCUGCAAAGGCUGCCAUGUUAUACAAAUUUAGUACAACUAAGUAGAUGUGCACAUGUUCAUCACAAUAAACUGGAAAAAUACUAAUGAUUUGGCUACCUAGGAACAAGAUAGCAGCAGCAUACAAAUGAAAACAUUUCUUUGGAUCUUUCUAGCAUUGCCUAUUUCAACAUUCACUGCCAGAUUGAAGGCACUGCACUAAUUAUUUUGAAAGCGGUUUAUUAUAUAUAUAUUUUUUUUUUCAUCUGUUGGGGUUAGUGAAGGAAAAAUCAGCAAGAUGAUUGACCUAAGUUAUUUAACAGAAGAGGAACAGGAGAUGAUAAUGAAGGUGUUGAAGAGAGAUUCAGACUUGAAGAAGUCAGAAGAUGAUCGAGUGCAAAAAUUACAGAAGACUGAGAAAGAUGGCAACAAACUGAAGUAUAUGACAGGGGAGUGGUUUUAUGAAGCCAAGUCAAAGAGACACAGAGACAAAAUACAUGGUUCAGAUAUCAUUCGAGCAUCCAUGAGAAGAAAAAAACCUGUGACUCUUUAUGAGUUAAGUCAGAGCCGAGGUGAGAAACCCAGCUGGGUGAAUACUGUAAACAAGGAUGUGUUCCUUCCUCCUGAACUAGAAGGGCUUAUUGAACAACCAGAGGAUGAGGUUCCUUUGGAAAGCACAUUAUCAAAUUCAGUCCAAGCUGUUGCUGAUCCACAAAUUGACCAGCCACGACAGACAUCCACAUCUGCUGGAAAGGAAAGACAGAACCCAUUUAAUGAUUAUUCACUAGCAGAUGACAUGCUUACUUUUCCGCACGAAGCACUGCCUAUUGAAAACUCAUUGGUAUUACCUGAAACAACUCCAGGGGAACUAUUAUCAACACCUAAAAGUACUGUGGACAGUGUAAGGGUUUCAAAUACUGAAAUACCUGUUUCAUCAGAAGAAAGAGAUGCCCAGGUUCCAGUGCCAAAAAAGAGGACAAUAGUUCCCAAACAGCAAGACUUUGUAAAAGAAAAUGAAAAACCUUUACCAAGAUCCCAAAGUAAGGCAGACCAAAAUGGUAAUCUUCCCAAAGGAAUUCUGAAGCGCAGUUCCAGCUCCAGCUCAAAUGACUCCGAAAUUCUUCGCAACAACAGUAGCAUUCAGGGCCCCAACAGCAACAGAGGCUUCUUAAAAAGCAAUUCUAUAAAGACUCAAUCCAGCAUGGAAAAAACUGAAGAGGGCUCACAAAAUUCCCUAGAUAGAAAACAAGUGAGAUUCUCACCCACAGUUAAGCAAAAGGAGUUUCCUGAAAAAACACAAAUAUCUGAUGGAAAAGAGCUGGGAGAACAUGGUUUAUUAGAGUCAGAACUAGAUAGAUCCCAGAUGUUGUCAUCUGUCACAUUAGAACAAGAUGAAAGAAAGAGUGAGGAGAUCAGUGGUUUGCUUCAAACUAAUGAUUUCUCUCAAUCAAAUACUUUUACAAAUAAUCAGACUCAGUCUCCUCAUAAGAAUAGACAACAGGAAAACAAUGAAGUAACUUUGCCUGCUCUGGGUGCUACAAGAGAAAAUAGUCCAGCCACUACAGAAAUCUCACAAUGGAUACAGAGCAGUAAUGAAUAUAUUGACAUACCUAUAAAUGGACCACAUACUAAAGUCUUAAAUACCCCUGGAGAGGAGAAUGCAGAUCAACAUGAGUUUUAUGCUGAACCCAAAUCCUCUCAGGUGUGCAGCCCUCCUUCUGCCAAUGCUGAUAAAGAAGAUGGCAAAGAAAAAAAUGUGCACAAUCCUCCAGCUGUUCAUGUGAAAACCGAAAAGUAUCAUUUACCAGUGGUUGAAGGUAGCUCGAGAAUAGCCACAUAUGAUGAUGACAGCAUCCUGUUAAAGCCAGGUAAUGAUUACGAGUCAGUUUACUUAUCAAAAUAUCACACUUAUGAAGGACUAGGUGAACCAGAUAUUCAUCUCCAGAGUAAUGAAAGCCAUUACCCCCAGGAUGUUGGUGGUCUGCAAUAUUUUAAUGAGAACCGUGGGAUCAAAAUCACAGUGGAUUCAGAGGAAGAGAAAGUUGAACCUGAAACAUUUGUUAUAGGGGUGAAGCAGCUUCCGGAAGAUGAUUUAGUCAAGUUAGAUAAAAAAAAUGAUAACUCUGACAGUACUGAGUUUAACAAUAUAGAAACAUCUUCAUCUUUAAAAUCACCUGGCACACUUCAGACACACAAUUUUAAAAUUCAGUCAAUGAAAGAAAGAAUGCAGAGUGGUAUGAAGGUCCCAGAUUCAAGUAACUCUCAAUUCCAGAACCUUGUAAUGUUCUGGAAUACAUCACCAGAGAAGCAAAAACCUGUUCUUAAGGGAGAUCUACCAUCUGCUGACACUGUCUACCAGUCUGAAGAUAUUGAAAAUCCAGGACCAACUAGCUCUAGCAUGGUGGUUUGGGAAAAAGGUGAGCUGUUACAUCAACAGCAACUCUUGCCAAAAGACGGGAAAAAAAUAAUGAAUCCCAAUAUUUUCCCCAAAGUGCUUCCCACUGAUGCCAGUGAUAUUCAUCUUAAAUCUUUUCAAAGUUCUCCACCUAAAUCUACAGACAUUAAAAAAUUUAGUAAUGAAGAAGUGGUAGAGGUCAUAGAAAGAUCUACCCGUAUUCCAAGUAUUGAUCAUGAAACACUAAACCGGGGACUAGAAAAAAUGCUUUCUGACAUUACCAGUGGAUUAUCUGUUGAAGAAACACAAAGUAAAACACCAAAUGCAGCUCCCAUAGUUCAGCGGGUCAGUUUUGUUGACAGGGUUAAGGAGAGAAGUAGGCAAACUGACCUUCAUCAACCAAAUGAAAUAUAUGAAGAUAAACCUGUUAAUGAAUUGUUAAGCAAUCAAAUGCCUAUUGCAAAAUUUAGUAGUCCUGUGGAAAAGAAACAUGAGAUUGACCCUAUGGUCAAAAGCAGUGCUGAAUUCACAAUAAGGAGGCCGUCUGUGGAAGAAGAAUAUAUUAUUCCAGCAAGAAAGAAGUCUAAUCCUAUUCCACUACAAAGUCUGGCCCAGUCUUUAUCAGAGAAAGAAAUUAUCUCUCUCUCUGCAGAGACAAGUGAAAUAAAGAUGCAUGAAGAGGACUGUCUUGAAGAUGACAGAAAAACAAACAGUUUUGCAAGAAGGACAUCAGUAGAAGAAGAAUAUAUAAUUCCAGAAGCAAACAAACGUGAUGAUAUUUCAUUACACACAUUGGUACAGUCUCUAUCAGAGAAAGAAAUAACUUUUGAAUCAUCAGUGACAAAUGAAGUAGAAGAGAUGGAAAAAGAUCUGAUUAAAGAUCAGAGAGAAGUAAACAGUUGUGUGAAAGGAACAUCAGUGGAAGAAGAAGAAUACUUAAUUCCAAAAGUUAAGGAAUACAGUGCUUCACAUCACAGUAUUGCCCAGCCAUUAACAGAGGAAGAAUUUACUUCUCCAUCUACAGGCAUAAGUGAAGUGGAGGCAGAGAAAGAUUUGUUCAUUAAUGAUGAGAAAGAGAGUGACAGUUGUGAAAGAAGAAUGUCCGUGGUGGAAGAAGAUAUAGUUCCAGAACAAAAGAAGUCAGAUAAAGUAGAUCUACAGUGUCUUGCUCAGUCUUUAGCAGAAAAGAAUUUUACUUACGCCAUGUCUUCUGAAGUAGAAAGCAGAAAUGCUGUAUUUAAUGAGUCUAUCAAAUUGUGGAAUAGCUCAGAUAAUUAUGCUGAAAAUACACCUGUCAUUGAAGAUGAUAUAUUACCAGAAGCAAGAAAUAAUGAUUUUCAGCCAUUGUACCUACUGGCUCAGUCUUUGUCAGAAGUAAGUGCAUUAUAUCCAUCAAACAGUGCAUCCAGUCCCCAGUAUAAUUCUGAUCAAAGUGAAGAUUAUACUUCUCUAGAUCCUGGAAAGAAAAAUACAACAGAGGAAAGAGCACUUUACAAACCAGAGGAUUAUGAUGAUGAGAUGGAUGCAACCUUGAAUUCUUUAAGAGCAAGUACACCUGUCAAAAUCGACAAAGAAACAAGCAGCGAAAGCCAUGAAAUUUCCCAGUCCGGAGGUCCAAGCAAGAAUUUAGAUGAUGAAGAUAAUGAAGUUCCAGAGAGGCGUUCACUACCUGAUGACAGCUGGUCAAAUACAGAGCAAAGGAGAAAAAGUGCCCGUUUUGAUGAAGAAAGCAACCCCAUAAUGAUGGCUUUAAGAAGGAGUAAGAAUAAGCCCUUAGCUUCUUCCAAAAGCCUAGAGGAUAUUACUGCUGCUACAUCAGAUGAAAGAAGUUUUAAUAAUUUAAGAGAUGAUUUAGUGAUGAGUGCAGAGGAUGAUCUACAAGUGGAGAGCCCACAAAGCCCAAAAGAUACCAUAUCAGGAUUUUCCACAGUUCCCUCUUCUCCAGUCUCCAUGGUGUCUGAUCCUGAAAAAAUAAAGCAAAUGAGCAAGUCAGUUCCUGCUUUCCUGCAGCAAGAGAGCGAUGAUAGAGAGACUGAUUCAACUUCAGAAAGCAGUUUCCCUGUUGGCAGACACAAGAAGACCGCCAGCUCUUUAACCAAUCUUAGCAGCUCCUCUGGCAUGGCAUCAUUGUCCUCUGUUAGUGGCAGUGUCAUGAGUGUAUAUAGUGGAGAUUUUGGAAAUGUGGAUGUCAAAGGAAAUAUUCAGUUUGCCCUCGACUAUGUGAGCAAAUUAAAAGAGUUACAUAUCUUUGUGGUCCAGUGCAAAGACUUGGCAGCAGCAGAACCAAAAAAACAACGCUCAGAUCCGUAUGUUAAAAGUUAUCUUCUACCAGAUAAGGCAAAGAUGGGCAAAAGGAAGACUUCCGUAAAAAAGAAGACUUUGAAUCCAACAUUCAACGAAAUCCUGCGGUAUAAAAUUGACAAUGAUACCCUGAAAACACAAACACUCAACCUCUCUGUCUGGCACAAUGACACAUUUGGACGGAACAGCUUUCUUGGUGAAGUAGACGUGGAUUUGGCAAGCUGGAACUGGGAGGACAAGCAAAUGAACUGGUUUCCUCUUAGACCAAGAACUCCAUCUGCUAGCCAAGGCUUGACGUACAGGGGAGAGAUGAAAGUAGCUCUCCGCUUUGACCCUCAGCCCUCUCAUGGUAAAAAGACCAGCAGCACAGGUGAAGUUUACAUUUGGGUAAAGGACUGCAAAAACCUGCCAAUGUUGAGAUCUAGUGGCAUUAACUCCUUUGUUAAAUGUUCUGUAUUACCCGACACUAGUAGAAAAAGUCGCCAGAAAACAAGAAUUGUUAAGAAGUCUGCUAACCCGUUAUUUAACCAUACAAUGGUUUAUGAUGGAUUCAGGCCUGAUGAUCUUAAGGAAGCAUGUGUUGAGUUAACAGUAUGGGAUCAUGACAAACUGGUCAAUCACUUUCUAGGAGGCCUACGACUAGGGCUUGGAACAGGUAAAAGUUAUGGGACAGCAGUGGACUGGAUGGAUUCUAGUGCAGAUGAGGCAACUUUGUGGGAGCGAAUGAUAGACACCCCCAAUGAGUGGGUGGAGGAUGUGCUGCCAUUAAGGAUGCUAACUAUGGCAAAAAUGUCAGGGAAAUAAAGAAAAUCAGGAAAUGAAAAUCAAAAAAAUUGUCAUUACACUGACAUUUUUUAAUAAAUGCAUUACUUUUUUUUUUUUUUUUUUUUUUUUUUUUUUAACCAAACAAAGGAAUGUAUCAGUUAAAUAUGAACUAUGCCAUAGCAGAGAAAUGAUUUAUUGGUUUUCAUGUCUGUAAAUGUUUACACAAUGAACAAUGACAAUUUUGAAAAAUGUAUGAACUGUCCAUAUAUAAAAUAUGUUUUGUAUGUAUGUGUAUGCGUAGAUAUACACACACUUGGAUUACUUGUUUAUAUAUUUGUUUCAUUUCUUGUCCUUGUUUCUUGAUUUUCAUGUA